UACUUUCAUCGGAUAAAUGCGAAAACGAUAUAUUUAAACGAUAAGUUUUAAAAUUAAAACCCGAUACGAACGAUAUUCAAACGAGUAGUACAAUAACGGUCUAAAUAUAUUUUGUUGGUAUAUUAUAAACAGUUACAAUGGUGAAUUCAUCGCUUACAAAAUUCUGUAUUCAAGAUCUAAUACCAGGGUCGACUAAAACAAGUGGUAAAAAGGUUGAUGUGGAUGCAAUUUUACCAUAUCUCAUUGUACCAGGAUUAUUGUUAAUAGGUAGUAUAUCGCGUACAAUUACCAUUACUGUAAUGGUAGUUAUUGCCAUGGGUGCUUUAUACGUACAUUCCAGACCACGGCAGAAGAACAGGUCCCCAUUUUUCUUUUCAUGGACCAUAUCAUCUGGACUUUAUAUGUUCCUGGUAUUUGAGAAUGGUAUUUUGUGUUUCCUUGAAAUAACUAUGUUGGAAAAUUCUAUAUUCCUACUACUUUUCCUUUGCACUUUAUAUUUCUUCUAUAAAAUGAAAUCAAUUGCUGAGUAUGAGUUGACUGGAACUGGGACCAAAGGAAAGGAAUACAGCCCAGUCCUGACUUCAGAUUCAUAUUAUUGUCAAAUAUGUGAAAUUGAAGUCAAUGAGAGAUUUUUCCAUUCAAUAUGGUGGGACUGCUGUGUACUCAGACCUAACUAUCUUCACUUUCUUGCUGGCCAUACAUUCGCUUUGGCCACGCUCCUCCUUGGAACCAACUUGGGCCUAACAACAGUUUGUCAGCCAUUCAUAUUUUAUGGUGCAAUACUCAUGCCAUUCGAUUGUGAUGACAUUUAUUAUGACUUCAAAAUGGCGAUAUGCUUCGUAACGAGUAUUUACGCAUUAGGAUACGCAUUAGUAGUGGCCCUGGUUUUAAUUCGACAGCUGAUUGUCUACCUACCAAAAUACAGUGAACCACAAUGGAAAAAACUAGUCAACGGACUCAAUGUAUGAAGGGAAACAACAUCUUGGGUUGUAUAAUUUGUAUGCGCUUUAGUACCUACUUCGAUUCUUUACGUUCCUUUUAGGUAUGAAUGAAUGUGAUUGUGUAUAGUAUGGCGAUCGUCGCUUAUUUGUUUUGGUUAGCGCUAUCGGCGUUUCAUCCUAUAAACGUUUUACUCUUGAUUUCAAUAAAGAAAAAAUUUUGACUAAACAUUG